AUGGCGCGGCGCGCCUACCCCUCCGUCGGCGCUGGGCACCCGCUGCUACGCCUCAACCCGCACCAGUGCAUCCCUUUCUUGGAGGGCCUAUUCGUUAGCCGGCGCGGGGAGGCCAAGCUCGAGGCGCUACCUUCCCCGCGCGUCAUGAACACGCACAUGCCGCUGGCCAUGAUACCGCGAGCCGCCGCGCCCGGCGGGGGCGGGUGCAAGGUCGCGUACGUCUGCAGGCAGCCCAAGGACAUGGUGGUCUCGCGGUGGCACUUCCACCGGCGGCUGCAUCCCGAGCUGGCGUUCGCCGACGUCUUCGGGGCCGUGUGCAGCGGCGUGGUGGCGUACGGACCAGUGUGGGACCACAUGCUCGGCUACUGGAGCGACAGCACGGCGAGGCCUGACAGCAUGCUCUUCUUGCGGUACGAGGAGCUGCUGCGUGACCCCGCCGAGCAUGUCAGGGCGCUGGCGCGGUUCGUGGGGCUGCCUUUCUCCGGCGCCGAGGAGGAUGCCGGCGCCGUCCACGACAUCGUCAAGCUCUACAGCUCCGGCCGCCUCAAGAACCUGGAGGCCAACAAAACGGGCCACGUGAAUCCCAUCCUCCAGAUCCCGCGCGGCGCGCUAUUCAGGAAGGGCGCGGCCAGUGACUGGGCGAAUCACACGACGUCGGAGAUGGCGCAACACCUUGACGAGAUCAUCGCCAACAAGCUCCAUGCCUCAGGGCUCACCUUCCAUGAGUGA